ACUAAAAAAAGAAAAACGAAAAAAUGAGCAGUGGGAGUCAAGUGUUCUGUAAAUCCUUCUUGGUACCUUCACUCGCUUCGACUGAACUCAUUCGAUUCAAGUUUUUCAGAGCUCAAACUUCCUCAUCCAACCCUUCUAGGGUUUUUCGAAUGGCCACCGAGCCUCCUUCUUCAUCCUCAUCAUCACCACCACACUCCGCUUCAGCUUCCUCUAAUGGCGAUUCAUCCUCGGUCCCCGCUUCUUCUGCCAUCGAUUUUCUCUCUCUCUGUCACCGUCUCAAGACGAUGAAGAGAACGGGAUGGGUGCGAAGGGAUGUUGAGAAUCCAGAGUCCAUAGCCGAUCAUAUGUAUCGAAUGGGGUUGAUGGCUCUCAUUGAUUCUAACAUUCCUAGAGUCGAUCCAGACAAGCGUAUAAAAAUGGCAAUUGUCCAUGAUAUUGUAGAAGGAUUGCUUUAA